AUCACUAUCAGUACAAUACCGAUGAUGUCUAAGAAACAGCUCACAUAACAGAGCUCAUGCGCCAUCUUCAUUUUUAAACCACACUAUUACUGCACUUGGGCGGAGUCUGUACCGGAAGCUAUAUAUUGUUUCGUACCUUCCCAAUUCAUACCUCUGUGAGAAAAUAAGAACGCGUUCGUUCAAAAGCAAAAGAGCAAAGGGCGUUCCAGAAUACAAUCAAAAUGAGAUAGUACGUUUUCUUUUGCUUUUGAACGCUCUCUGAUCUUUAGAAAAGCCGAAAAUGAUGGACGCUCUUUGAUCUUUUGCUUUUGAAAGAAUGUUUUCUUAUUUUCUUCACACAGGUAUGAAUUGGGAGGUAUACGGUAUACAAACUGUUUAAUACUUGCUAGUCUGAAGAAAUCCAUAAACAGCAAUCAACCCAUCAUCUCCAGUUGCAUUUUUAUUUGUUACUAUAUCAGCACCAGCUUCAAGUCUUGUGCUUUGUAAAUGGCUUCUUCCUUUGGCCGUGGUUGGAAAUACGAUGUCUUCUUGAGUUUUAGGGGGGAGGAUACUCGGAAGAUCUUUGUCGGCCAUCUUUACAAAGCUUUGACACAGAAAGCAAUCAACACCUUCAUAGAUUCUGAAGAGCUUAGAAAAGGCAACCAUCUCUCAGAGCUACUGAAAGCUAUCAACGAAUCAAGGUUUUCUAUUAUAGUUUUCUCUCAAAACUAUGCUUCUUCCACAUGGUGCUUGAAAGAACUAGUCACAAUUCUGGAAUGCAUGAAAACGAAUAAACAAAUUGUUGUGCCUAUUUUUUACCAAGUGGCUCCCUCUGAUGUUCGUAAACUCCAGAGUUUUUUUGCUGAAGCUUUUGCCAGACACGAUCGCGAUCCUGACAUCCACAGUGAAGAGGUACACAGGUGGAGGUCCGCUCUAACCGAAGCCACCAAUUUGUCUGGUUGGGACUCGCGUCAUUAUAGGGAUGAUGCCGAGUUUAUUGACGAAGUUGUGCAAGACAUUUUUAAAAGAUGGAUCAACAUCUCAUCAAGUAAAGUGACUGGCCUGGUUGGAAUGGCUUCCCACAUAGAAAAAAUGGAGUCUUUACUAUAUCCUAGGGUGGAUGAUGGGGCGGAUUAUAAUGAUGGAGUGGAUGAUUGGGCGGAUUACAAUAAUGGGGUGGAUGAUUGGGUGGAGGCGGAUUACAAUAAUGGAGUGGAUGAUUGGGCGGAUUACAAUAAUGGGGUGGAUGAUUGGGUGGAGGCGGAUUAUAAUGAUGGGGUGGAUGAUUGGGCGGAUUACAAUAAUGGGGUGGAUGAUUGGGUGGAGGCGGAUUAUAAUGAUAAGGUGGAUGAUUGGGCGGAUUACAAUAAUGGAGUGGAUGAUUGGGUGGAGGCGGAUUAUAAUGAUGGGGUGGAUGAUUGGGCGGAUUACAAUAAUGAGGUGGAUGAUUGGGUGGAGAUGGAUUAUAAUGAUAAGGUGGAUGAUUGGGAUGAUUGGACGGAUUAUAAUAAUGAGGUGGAUGAUUGUGCGGAUUAUAAUAAUGUGGAUGAUUGGGAUGAUCGUGCGGAUUAUAAUAAUAGGGUGGAUGAUUGGGCGGAUUAUAAUAAUGUGGAUGAUUGGGAUGAUCGUGCGGAUUAUAAUAAUAGGGUGGAUGAUUGGGCGGAUUAUAAUAAUGAGGUAGAUUAUUGGGCGGAUUAUAAUAAUGGGGUGGAUAAUUGGGCGGAUUAUAAUGAUGGGGUGGAUGAUUGUGCGGAUUAUAAUAAUGGGGUGGAUGAUUGGGAUUAUGGGGUUGAUGAUUGGGCGGAUUAUAAUAAUGGGAUGGAUGAUUGGGAUUAUGGGGUUGAUGAUUGGGCGGAUUAUAAUGAUGGGGUAGAUGAUUGGGCGGAUUAUAAUAAUGGGAUAGAUGAUUGGGAUUCUGGGGUGGAUGAUUGGGCGGAUUAUAAUGAUGGGGUGGAUAAUUGGGAUUAUGGGGUUGAUGAUGGGAUGGAUGAUUGGGAUUAUGGGGUUGAUGAUUGGGCGGAUUAUAAUGAUGGGGUGGAUGAUUGGGCGGGUGGUGUUGGUAUUAUAGGAAUAUGGGGAGUGGGCGGCUUAGGCAAAACAACCAUUGGUAGGGCUGAUUCUUGUAAAUUUGAACACCAUUGCUUUCUUCAAAACGUGAGAGAUGGGGUGGAUGAUUGGGCGAAUGGUGUUCGUAUUGUAGGAAUAUGGGGAAUGGGCGGCUCAGGCAAAACAACCAUUGCUAGAGCUGUAUAUGACAAAAUAUCUUGUAAAUUUGAACACCAUUGCUUUCUUCAAAACGUCAGAGAAGGUUUUAUGAAGAAAGGUGAUGUACUGAUGCAAGGAGAACUUCUAUCUGGAGUCUUGAACGAAAAUGUGCGGAGUUUAGGCACAUUGAGCAGAGAUUGCAGAGGUUACAAUAUGAUAAUGGAAAGGCUCAGUCAAAAAAAGGUUCUGCUUGUUCUUGAUGAUGUGGACAAUUUUGCCCAAAUAGAAACUUUGCUAGGAAGCAUGAAGCCUUCAUUUGGUGAUGGAAGUCGAAUCAUUAUAACUACUAGAGAUGCACAAUCUCUAAGUGGAGUUGAUACCACUUAUUCUCCCAAGUUAUUACCUGAUGAUAAAGCCCUUCAACUCUUUAGCCAGUAUGCCUUCAGAACAAGCCAAUCCACUAGUGAGUACAAUCAUCUCUCAAGGAAAUUAAUUGAAUAUGCUCAAGGUCUGCCUUAAGCACUUAAAGUCUUGGGAUCUUUUCUCGAUAAUAAAAGUGCACGCGAGUGGGAACAUGUGCUGGAGAAAAUAAAGAAGGUCCCACACCGGGCUAUUCAGGAUGUGCUUAGAAUAAGCUUUGAUGGACUAGACGAUUUAGAGAAAGACAUAUUUCUAGACAUUGCGUGCUUCUUCAGAGGAAAGGAAAAAGACUAUGUAGCAAAACUUUUGGAUGGUUGUGGCUUUUACUUCCACAGUGGAUUAAGAGUUCUUGUUGAUAGAGCUCUUGUAACUGUCUCACCUCAGAAUAUGCUCGAGACACAUGAUUUACUACGGGAGAUGGGUCGGGAAAUUGUCCGCCAAGAAUCAAUUAAGGAGCCAGGGAGACGUAGUAGAUUGUGGUGUUAUGAAGAUGCUAAGCUGGCGUUAACUCAAAAUGCGACUACAGAAGCAGUUGAAGGCAUAGUGUUGGACUUGUCUUACUCAAAAGACGUGUCCAUAAACGCUGACGCUGUUGCUAGAAUGAAGAGACUAAGACUGCUGAGAGUGCAUUACGGUGAGGGGAACUGUAAACAACACGUGAAUGGGAACUUACAGUUUCUUUCUCAUGAAUUGAGUUGUCUCAUCUGGAUGGGGUACCCCAUGAAGUCUUUGCCAUCCAAUUUUCAUCCCAAGAAUCUUGUUGACCUUGAUAUGCGUGAUAGUCGCAUUGAAGAACUAUGGGAGGGAACCGAGCCUCUUGAAAAGUUGGAAUUCAUCAAUUUAAGUCACUCCCAGUGCCUCAAAAAACUCCCUGACUUGACUGAGGCGAUUAAUCUUCAGACCCUAUCUCUUGAAGGUUGUACUAGUUUAUCUGAGGUUCAGCCAUCCAUUUCAACUCAUAAAAACCUUAGUCUCUUGUUGCUGAAAGAUUGCAAGGAACUUAAGAUUUUUCCGACCAGCAUAGAUAUGAAAUCUCUCAAAAUCCUUAAUCUCUCUGGCUGCUCAAAAAUUGAGGUGUUUCCAGAGAUUUCAGGGAUUAUGGAGGAGCUAUCGGAGCUUCACCUAGACAAGACUGCAAUCAGAGAACUGCCCUCAUCAAUUGAACGGCUGAAGAAGCUGGUGUUAUUAGAUAUGAGAGAUUGCAAAAGCCUUGUGUGUCUUCCGGAUAAUGUCUGUGAUUUGACAUACCUUGAAAGGCUCUUACUGGCCGGGUGCUCACAACUUCGUAACUUGCCAGAGAAGGUGGGAAAUUUGAAAUUGUUAAUGGACCUUCAACUACAGGGAAGUGGUGUAAAACAACUCCCGUCGUCUAUGUUACGUUUGGGCAGGCUUAAACAGUUGUGUUGUCAUGGUUGUGUAGGGAUGCACCCUUUUCAUCAUGGCCAUCGCUAGAAUUCAAGCAACUUGAUAUUAUUUGCUGGAUCAAUCCAGCAUAUAGCACUUACUCUGCUCUGGAAGAUCUGCAAUGUGAUGGAAUUAUCGGUUGGUAUAGCUCAUUUGUCUUCAUUGUGAAUACUGAAGUUGUGCAGAAACAAUUUUGAGAGCUUGCCUGCAACAAUGAAUAAAAUCGUUUAUUUAACAACGCUCCGAGUGGAAGCUUGCAAGAGGCUGAAAUCAAUACCACAGGUUUCCUCGAGAGUAAGCAAUAUAGAUGCUCAUGAUUGCACAGCUUUAGAAACAGUUGCAACCCCGGAGCCUCAUUACUGGAUGAAUCGUUGCUUCACAUUUUCUAAUUGUGUCCAGCUGCAAACAAAUUUGUUUAGAGAUAUAUAAUUAUACAGUGGAAACUACUCCUUUUGAUCGGGUAAUCGUAAUAAAUUCCUCUAGCUUAGCACUCGCACACAGGAAUACAUAAUUACAUAGAACACAAAAGUUACCGUAAAACAUGUAUGUUAAUUGUUGUUUUUGAUGCACAUGAUCAUUGUCUAGGAGGUCUUUCUUUUAAAAUGUCUCUCCCUGGAUGUGAAAUUCCAGAUUGGUUCAAUCAUCAGUAGUGGGGAUGUUCAGUGACUGCAAAGCUAAGACGGAGUCUCUCUCGUGACAUGUUUUUGAGAUUUGCUAUUUCCGCCGUUAGUAAUUACACAAUUGAUCCCUCUGCUAAAUGUUUAUGUACGUUCAAGGGAAGUCAUGGAGAGGACAGUUUCAGCUUUCAUUUGCUCGAUAAUGAGGAUGUCAGGAAUGAUAGGUUGAUUGAGUUAGAUCACAUGUUCUUGAGCUAGAUAUGUUCCAUGCUCUCAACUUCCAGCGAUGCAAGCGAGGUCCGGCCUUCAAAGACAUUACACUGAAGCCAGAUUCGAGUUUGUAGUAGAAAAUUGAGUAUGUACAGGUGAUUGGAGAAAGAUGUUAACAAAAUACCAGUCCAUCACAAGUUGCGGAGUUCGUUUCUUUGGAAGCAAGGAAGUUCCUGUGAACCUUCCAGAUAGAAAAUUCCGUUGAUUGGUCGGCCGGCCAGUACGUUAGAUCCAGUUUAUGUUGCUUCUGCACUGGUUUACCACGUUAAGUACAUAAGUCUCUGCGCUCAUACCAAACAUGUUUGAGUUUGGCCCAUUUUCUAUUGGAUGAAUCAAGAAUUAA